CCUACAGACUUCAACGAAACCCAGCAUGGAUACAGGAGGCGACGACGACGACGACGUGAAGCUGCUCCGGGCUUCUACCUCAAAUCUUGCGGAUCUCGGGAAGCUUAUCCUGCGGCUUGUGCGAAAACGCAAAAACACUUCCAACGACGCCCGUUCGCAGGUGCGACUGAUCGAUUUGGGGCGCAUUCAAGCAUUGAUUGAGCCAUUUCAAGAGGAUCCUCAACUCUUGGACACCCACCUGAAAAGUUUUAUCCCACCAUUGGUUGCUGCCUAUCUGGACUCCCUUCAGCAAGGACGCAGACCGGAUCCCAAGAAGGGCUAUGUCCCAUUGACCCAUGCGAUAUGUCAGAUAUUGAACCUCUUCUGUAAAGUCCGUGGAGAGAAAGUCAUCAAAGGGUUCCUUAACAACGAGCCGCGCUACCUGGAACCUGUUAUUGAUGAAUUCGAAGCGGGAGCUGACUCUCCACCAGGAGAGGACGAACCCCUGGCUCAAGGCAUCGUACCUUGGACCGAACGCUAUGUUUUGUUCCUUUGGUUGUCCCACUUAAUGCUUGCUCCAUUUCCUUUAGCAUCAAUGUCUGCCAUGCAGUCAUCGCACGAAGUGGCGAAUGCCCUUGACAUCCAACUUCCAACUGAGGUACCCGGUAUUGCACUUCGGGUUCUUACUAUGUGCGUUAAGGCUUUUACUUCAGCCUCCAAAGAAAGAGGUGCCGCUGCACAUCUACUCGUUCGUCUCUGUGUGCGGCCCGACAUGCAGAAGCUCGGAUUGCUGGAGACGUUUGUUCAGUGGUCUCUCAAAUUCUUCAACAGUGCCACGGAACAGUCGACCAAUAUCCACCAGUGCAUUGGCAUACUCUCAUUUCUCUCUGGACUCGUGACCUCUGCCACGAAUGAGGAGAUUGGCCCAUUUCUUCCCGCUAUAUAUAAGGUCAGCCAGAACAUCAUCGCUCAGCCAGACCUGGCUUUUGUGAAGACUUCAGCAGUUGCAAGGAAGCUCAUCAUCAAGACGCUGCGCAACAUCGUGGUACAUAGCCUCCAAGCAACCGAAGCGGUAAACGAGCUCGAUACUACUACCGUUGUUGAAGAGGUUAUCGAGCUUCUUUUAGACUCCGUAGCAGACGGCGACACGCCUGUGAGGUAUGCAGCAAGUAAAGCACUCAGCAUCAUCACCAUGAAGCUUGACGGAGAAAUGGCCGAAGAAGUGGUUCAGGCUAUUCUUGGGUCGCUCAACGAGAAUGUCUAUUGGCAGGGUUCAACGAGAAAUCUCAGUGGAGUCGAUCCACUGCGGUGGCAUGGAUUAACCCUCACGCUCUCACAGUUGCUCUAUCGUCGGGCCUUGUCUCCUGCCCAAUUGCCAGAUAUUUUGAACGCCCUUUUACUAGCAUUGGCUUUCGAACAACGCUCGACGACUGGCGGUUCGAUAGGGACCAACGUUCGCGAUGCUGCCUGCUUUGGAAUAUGGGCUUUGUCACGACGCUACACGACGGCUGAACUUUCUGCUGUAGAAACAUCCUCGGUCCGAGCCUCUGAGCACCGGCGGGGUAUCUCGAUUUUGCAGGUUUUAGCGAUAGAGUUGCUCGUUGUAGCAUGUCUCGACCCAGCUGGUAACAUUCGAAGAGGAUCAUCCGCUGCAUUACAAGAACUCAUCGGCCGGCAUCCAAACACCGUUUACGAAGGCAUCUCGCUGGUCCAAGUUGUUGAUUUCCACGCAGUUGGUCUUCGUCAACGCGCCAUGUGUAAGGUUUCCAUAGAAGCAAGCAGGCUACAUCAAGCCUACUGGGAGGCAUUGUUCGAUAAUGUGUUGGGUUGGCGUGGCAUUGGUUCUUUGGAUUCCGCUUCUCGCCUCUUCGCUGCACGUGCCGUGGGACAACUUACCGUCGGAAAAACUGCUUCUGUCAUUCAUUCCAUGUCUGAUCGAAUCAGUCGAGAGCUCGCGGUACUCAAACCAAGACAAGUCGAGGAACGCCAAGGCCUGGUCUCUGCGCUGGCUGCUCUGGUAGACGAAAAUCGCAUGCGAGAUGAUUCGACUGAAGCAAAUGAAACCAGAGAUGCUGCUGAUCUCACACAUCUUUGGGAUCUGCUUGAACGAGAGCUGAAGCUCGAUGACAAUGCGUUCAUGUCUCCAGCUAUGAGGCCAGACUUCACCGCUUCCUCCAUUUGCAACUUAUUGGGGGCGUUAUCGUGCAUGAGAUACUCGGCGCAUGAUCAUGAACAACGACAGGUUCCAGUCGAGGAAUUGACUCGCCUACUGAACCUUUCCCUUAGUCGCCACGCCGAUUCUGUGAUGGAGGCAAUACCACGAACGACUUCUGGUGUUUUAAAGCUUUUACAAAGGCUAUCUCCAAGUGAUGCAGACUCUUUGGUUGCCGGUUGGCUUACCAGACUUGAGAAUGAAGCAUCGUACAACGGUCUGCGGUGGUCUGGUUAUGCCAUUGCCCUAGGAGCGGCAUAUCCAUGGCUAGCAUCGGGGAGAACUGGACCGAGCCCUAUGCAGAGGCAGAUUGCCGAAAUCUUGCCAUUUAGAUGCACGUCCGCUGUAUCGAUCGAGGCUCGAACCGUGGCUCUGUCUGCUCUCAGCAUCUUGAUAAAGAAUUGUGCGAGUAUUACCCCUUUGUCUGAACUACCUUCAGCUAUAAGAGACCGAGUCGCCAAUGCUUUGCAUGUGGCCUUGAACGACUACACAGUCACGGAACGAGGAGACGUUGGUGCUCUGGUCAGGCUUGAGGCUCUCAAUACGACAGGAACUGCCUGGAAUUCAGGCUUGUUGCGAGGCUCGACCCAUGAGGAAGAUCUGCAUGCGGAUGUCUUGCGACUAUCACUUGAAAAACUUGACAAAGUCAGAUCGCGAGCUGCACAGGUAUUGGAGAAAGGCUCUUUUGAGCUUUUCAACGCGGUCGCAGCUGGCGUUGCAGACGGUGUCUCUUCUUACGCCUACUUCGCGAAUGCUCUCACCGUACUGAAACCGUCCAGCUCUCCUGCUAUUAUUGAAGCCGUUUGUCUCGGCUACAUGACCUCCGCAGGCAUGGGCUCGGAGUCAGUUGUCCAAAACUCACGUGCGGCGCUGCUAGAUGCCAUUGAUGUUUGGCCUACCACUCCUACAGGAGAUGACGACACGUUCAAUUUGUUUCAAGUCAUCAACUGUCUGCUGGGGCUAUUGAAGCAAAACCUGGAAACAGAACGAGUUUUGUUACCUCUGCUAGAAAUCUUUGCUUUUUUGUUCGACAUGCAAGUCAUGCAUCGCCUCCUGGAGACAUCGUUUAACUUUCGCGCUCUUCUGUCUUACACGCAAAAAGCGCAUUUCAGAUCCACCCAUAUGCAGAAGCUGCAACUAGCCCUCGAUGUGUAUCGCGGGCUAGGCACCAUUGCGACGACGCGGGCAGAUACGAUCACGAAAUUGAACAGCAUGUUACUGCACCCCUUUCCAAAAAUCCGUAUCGCGGCGGCAGAAACUUUGUGGCUGGUGGUCGGCGAAGAGAGCCUCAAGAGGCAAGAUUGGAGUUUGCCAUCAAAGAGCUUGAAACCUAUUGUUUCUAACAUCAAGUCCGCUCUGGCGGCAAGUAGCUGAAGUGCUGAUGUACUAUGAAUACAUCUGGUCGUUGUCGCAAUUCAGAAG